UCCUGCUCUGCCUGAAUCCAGCUGGUAGCCUGCCUGCCGUUGACGGUUCUAUUGCAGUUGAGGUAAGAGAGCCGCUGGUCAUCAUGGGGAACAUCUUUGGCAACCUGUUGAAGAGCCUGAUAGGCAAAAAGGAGAUGCGGAUUCUCAUGGUCGGGCUGGACGCUGCUGGGAAAACCACCAUCCUCUACAAGCUGAAGCUGGGGGAGAUCGUUACCACCAUUCCCACAAUCGGUUUCAAUGUCGAGACAGUCGAGUACAAGAACAUCAGCUUCACCGUGUGGGACGUGGGUGGCCAGGACAAGAUCCGUCCCCUGUGGAGGCACUACUUCCAGAACACCCAGGGUUUGAUCUUCGUGGUGGACAGCAAUGACCGUGAGCGGGUGAACGAAGCUCGGGAGGAGCUGAUGAGGAUGCUGGCUGAGGACGAGCUGCGGGAUGCUGUUCUCCUCGUCUUUGCCAACAAACAGGACUUGCCCAAUGCCAUGAAUGCUGCAGAGAUCACAGACAAGCUGGGCCUGCACUCCCUACGCCACCGCAACUGGUACAUUCAGGCCACCUGUGCCACCAGUGGAGACGGUCUCUAUGAGGGCCUGGACUGGCUGGCCAAUCAGCUGAAGAACAAAAAGUGAAGGGUCUGGUCAGUAGAGUGGGGAAGAGCCUGGGUGCCAGCUCCAGGUAGUGGUUAUAGAGGAUCCAUUGUGUUUACAUGGAAAGGCAGUGCUGAAAAGCUCCCAGGGGGUGACUCUCAAUGGCUUUCUCCCCCCAAACAUAUACUUUAAUUUCCUUAUUUUGAUAAAUUUGUUUAGUUUGGAUCUGCGGUGAGCAUUUUUAAAUAUUUACAAACCAACGGUGUUGACCUAAAUGACUUACACGCUGAAUACAUAAAUAUCGGGAUGUAAUAAUAUAAUGUUACUGUAAAGGCAUAUGUAUUUCCCCUACUUUGCAGUCUCUUUGACCUCAUCACCUUUUCAUUUGUUGAAAAUAUGAUGACGUAGACUCAUAAUGGCAGAACAACCUUCAAAUACUUUAAACUUAAUGUAAAUUAUAAAGAAUGUCAUAAUACUAUAGUGGGAGUACAACUACUAUCUCAGAAUAAUAUCACAUUGUUUAAAAACAAUAUACUCAUAAUGGCUCAGAUAGAUGUAAAGUUGUAAUUUUCCGUCCAUACUUAUGUUUUACCACCAAAUGAUGUGCUUCAGAGCUCAAUUUGUGCUAAAAUAUUAGGUUAUUUUAAAUUUAAUGCAAAUGUAUUUAUUGAUUUAAUGCAUUUAUAUUGUAGUUUGGAUUUUAUUUAUUUUUUCAUGAUUUCCUGAUGACACACUGGACAGUCUUAGACAAUUUAUACUUUUGUCAACAUGUAUUUAUUUAUUUAUUUAUUUAUUUAUUCAUUCGUUUACUGUUUUUGUUUUCUAAGUGCUUCAUAUGGUUUCUCUCCCUUUAUUGCAAUGUGCAUUUACUACUGAGGCAGCUGGUGAUAAAAGAAGGUAUCACUGUAUAUUAUUGCUUCCCAAUCUGCAUGGAGAUGGAGAAGAUCCCAGUACUGGCUCGUGGGCUUGUUAGAGCUGUGAACUACUGCAGGCCGCUGCUGUAAAUAAAGAUUUGUUCCUAGUUGACUUGCCUGGCUCAGUAAGGGUUAAAACAAUUUGUCUGGCGUCAGCGAGGUGUGAUAGCUGAACUGAUACAAAUGACAGAACAGGCACACUGUACCAGCUCUGUGGCUUAUGAAGAAAAAAAUGCUGCUAUUGGCCUGUAGAGAGAGAUGCAGCAGAGCAUGUGAUUGGCAAUAUCAGAGCGCUUAUAUGGUUUCUGAAUGUUUAUUUUUUAAGUCAGUUUGUGCGAGCAGCUGCAUUAUAUCCGUAAGAAGAACUCACAUUGCUUGUCAUCCUGAUUUAUUCAUCCCCAAUUGGCGUGACAUUAUGUGUGUUUCUUGUGUUUAACUGUAUCUAUGUAUUCUGUUGCACAAAAUAACUCUAAAUGCAUUAUUGUUGUACAAACUGUAACGUCUGUUUUAUUUUUUCCUGUAUUUUUGAAUGGAGUAUUUAUUUAUUUUGGAACAAAAAAGCAAGUGUUGAUUUUAGUGUCGUUUUUCUUAAGUUGCUAACUAGAUCCAGACAGUCGUCUUUUUAAAGUGUAAACACAAAACCACAUAAUUUGAAAAAAAUUGGAGAGAGGAUGAUAGUAAUACUGCAUCAUAAGGCAUGUUAAUACUGUACAAGAUCUGUAAUAAAAGUGAAUUAUAAUAGCCUGUUUCCUCAGACUAUAUUUGUUAGUCUAAAUUACUGCUGCUGGUUGGAACAAUGCUGUACUGAUAAAUGUUAUGGAUUUAGUGUAAAGUUUACUGAACAACCUAAUAUGCAAAAGCAUGCUUUUCUAUGUCAGCGCAACUGUAUAUAUGUUUAUGUAACAAGAAGAGUAUACCAUGGUAUUCGCAGUCCAAUUGAAAGUGUUGUUGAUACACCUGUAGAUAUUGGGGUCAGUGUGUUGGCAGAUGUGUAUAACUGACAGCAGCUUGUGUGUGUGACGUGCCCUCUAUUACGUUCAGUUUAGUGUGAAAAUUGUUUUUGUGGCCUUAUAUUGCCGGUGGUUAAUUUCUCUUUGAUAACAGGUUUGUAUGUAGGAAUGUCCAGCAUUCGAGUAUCUCACCUAUGAUCUGUAACACUGAUGCACUCACUUGUGGCGAAAAAACCCCAAUGUCCUUAACGAAUAUUGGCAGAUUUUAACUUGAAAAAUGUAGAAAAGCCAAGACAUUCCAACUGAUACUCAAAAAAGGAACAAACUGAAAAUGGAUUUAUGUAAUUUAGUGGAAUAUUAUCAAGAGGAGGGACAGCACAAACUGGUGCAAAAGUGUUGAACGAUUUAAUGAUUCCUGGCACUACGUCGAUCAAUCAAUAAAAAGACCAAAACACAA